AUCCCACUUGUGGGCUUUUCAAUUAAUUUUCAAUUGCAUUUACUUGAUGGAUCUCACUCAAGCCCUUUCCAUUUUCCAACUGAAUCUCCUUCUCUGAUCGCCACUGCACUUUUCUGCUCGGAAUUAACUUUGGACUCUAGUUCAACGGGAGUGUGCCUCAGGCGAGCAGUGCUGAAAUGUCAAAGGUUUUCCGUAUGCUGAUUAUGGGCGCUCCGGCGUCCGGAAAGGGCACCAUUUCGGGGCGGAUCGUGAAGAGGUUCAACUUCCAGCACAUCUCCAGUGGGGAUUUGCUGCGACUGAACAUGGACAAGAAGACUGAACUGGGCGUGAAGGCGGCCAAGUAUGUGAAUGCUGGCCAGCUGGUGCCGGACGACCUGAUAAUCUCCUGCGUGGUGGACAAGCUGAACACCGAGACGGCUUCCCGGGUGCUUCUGGACGGAUUCCCGCGGACACUCCCGCAGGCGGAGAAGCUGGCCACUGUGCUGCCGCUGGAGGCUGUCGUGAAUCUCAAUGUGCCGUACGAGGUGAUCAUCGAGCGCGCCAAGAGUCGCUGGAUCCACCUGCCGAGCGGACGAGUGUACAACAUCGGCUUCAAUGAGCCCAAGGUGCCCUUCAAGGAUGACGUGACGGGAGAGGAUCUGGUGCAGCGACCAGACGACCAUCCGGACGCCGUGAAGAAGCGCCUCGAGAUCUACGACGGCAUCACGAAGCCCGUGCUGGAAUACUACAAGGCGCAGGGCAUUAUUGUGGAGUUCUGGGGGAAGACCAGCGAUGCCAUUUGGCCCAACGUGGAGCAAUUUCUUGCCAAGAGCCUCAAUGAGGCGGAGACACAGCAGAAAGCCAUCUGAAAGGCAUUCGAGA